GCUAUCAAUUAUUGAAGUACUGUGUUUUAUCAAAUCUUUUUAACCCUUUUGUUUUUCUUGGAGAGGAUCCUUGCUAUUGUCUUCUAGGUUCUCUGAUGUGCCUUUGAGGAAACUGUUUCAUUCAAAUUUGUACAUAAUUCUCUUUCAGUAUAUGAUUCUCUGACCAAAUCUAUCUAUUACUGAAUGAGAUGUUUCUUUUUUGGCAUGUUCCAAUGUUAUAAUUUCUAAUUAUCCUCUGCUCUUUUUCUAAUAAUAAAUGCAGGUGAUUCUAAUCAUAGCCAUUGUCAUCAUGCAAAUAAACCUUGUGGAGAGACUAAGACCCCUUGUGGGUACUAAAAGUUGGGAUUACUGUGUUCUUUGGAAAUUGAGCCAAGACCAAAGAUGUAUUGAAUGGAUGGAUUGUUGUUGUGCUGGGACUGAGAACAAUAAUAAUCAAAAUGGUAAUGGAGAAGAAGAACUUGUGCUUCCUGUUUCUCAAGUCAUUCAAUGUAGGGACACUAUAUGCCCACACCCAAGAGCUAGUUCUUGUGAACUUCUUGAUCAACUGCCAUGUUCAAUGCCUCUAAAUUCUGGGGUUUAUAUACAAACAUUGCUAUCAAAUGAACCCAACUGGCUACUCUUCUCCAAUGCCGCCGAUUCGACCGCCCCCGAUGAAACAACGGUGACCAGAGUAUUAGUUCCAUUUGCAUUUGGAUUAGUGGAGUUGUUCGUUGCUAAACAUGCAUCUGAAGAUCAACAUGUCAUAGAUUUUGUUACAACUCAAUGCAAUGUUUGGAUGGAGCAAGAAGCCGUUAUUGAUUCAAGCAACAUGGAAACAAGUUUCUCUGUUGAUGUAAAUGCAACAAAUGGAAUCCAAUCAAAGCCAUUUGUAGCAGAUCAAAAUGUCGUUUUAAGAGAUUCUGAAAAUCAAUUUGAGGCACCAGGUUCAGUCACACUAACAUUAGAAAACACCAAUGUGGGUUAUGACAUCUCAUUAGACAGAAUCCGCCUCUGCAAUUCUCCUAUGAACUUGCAACGGUUCAAUUACAGCUCAGAAAACAAAAACAAGAAUGAAAUCUUCACUGAAUGUUCACAUGAUUCGUUCCUCAUUGAUAAGCAGGGAAAACCAUACAAGGUUUCAGCUGAAAAUGAGUUGGAAGAAGUGGACACGAUACAUGGGUCCAUAAUGAACACAUCAAACACUCAUGGGCAGUUCAAGGAGAAUAUGAUGGAAUAUAAGGAGCAGCAACGGGAAGAAAAGGACUUAGUCAAACAUGAAAAUGGAAGGUCUGAUUCAAUCUCUGAUUGUAGCGAUAGGCUUGAGGACGAAGAUGAUGCAAUUGCAAAGUACCGCCGGAGGACAGGACAAGGUCCUCAAUCAAAGAACCUUGUUGCUGAGAGGAAGAGAAGAAAAAAACUAAAUGAGCGACUGUAUAACCUUCGAGCAUUGGUUCCCAAAAUCUCUAAGAUGGACAAAGCCUCAAUACUUGGUGAUGCAAUUGAUUUUGUGAAGGAGUUGCAAAAGCAAGUCAAGGAACUACGAGAUGAACUGGAAGAGCAUUCAGAUGAUGAAAAUGGAAAGACUGGACUUUCAGGAAACAAUGGAAACUACAAUAUUGUCCAACUACCUGAGUUUUUGAGCCAACAUGAUAAAGCUCAAAACAGUUACCAUAUGGGAGUACUAGGAAGUGGAAGUAUAUUGAAACAAAAUCUUCAAGACACUGAAGGUACUAGCAAUGACAAGACUCAACAGAUGGAGCCACAAGUGGAAGUAGCACAGAUUGAUGGAAACGAGUUCUUCAUAAAGGUUUUUUGUGAGAAAAAGCGAGGUGGGUUUGUGAGCUUAAUGGAGGCGUUAAAUGCUCUUGGCUUGGAAGUAACAAAUGCAAAUGUGACAAGCUAUAGAGGUCUCGUAUCUAAUGUUUUCAAAGUUAAGAAAAAGGAUAGUGAAAUGGUUCAAGCAGAUGAUGUAAGAGACUCGUUGCUGGAGAUAACAAAGUACCCAUGUAGAGGAUGGUCUGAUAUAAUCAAGGCACCAGAGUGCAUUGGGAGCCGCAUGGAUUACCAGCCCCACCCCCAUCCCCACCCCCACCAGCAUUCAUUUCAAGACAAAGCUAUCAAUUCACGCAUACAUCUCCUUGAUGAUUAAUUCCUAGUUCUUUUUCCCUGUCUGUACUUGAGUAAAAGCACCAAAUACAAAACGAUAUUACAGGAAAUGUCCAACCAAUACCAAAAUCAAAGUAAUCCAGCUUAAAGCAAUUGUAAUACAUUGGAUGUUUGGUUAUGAUCAAUGAGAAGCUGGGAAUUUGAUUGAAUAACAAAUACUCUGAUCAUUCCAUAGAGUUGGACUAGUUUACUUUAUGCACUUGGGACAAUGAAGGAUGUCUUACAUCUUAUAUUAUAUGCUCUAUGUUAUAUACUCAAUACUAAAUACUAGCUAUUGGAUGCUCUA